UUGUCACAAUAUUAGAAAUCUUAAGGCUACCGUAUGGUGUAAAGAAGAAGGAAUUGCACUUGCAAAUCUUAUAAGCUAUCAAAGAUGCUUAAAAAAAUUCUCUCUAGUAAAUAGUAAUAACUUUGCAUCAUCUUCUGUUCAAUUUCUUCAAAGUGUUAAUGCAAAAUUUAAAUCCACUACACUACAAUUAAAUGAUAAAGCUAUUUCUUCACUUAGUCAGUGUACAAACAUUACUGAACUAAAGUUUAAUCAUUGUGAAGGAAUUAUAUACUUUCCCAUUUAUCCAACAUUCCGAAAUUUGACGUCUUUAGAGUACACUUAUGGAAGUUACUCCAUUUACGAUAGUGCGCCACCUAUUGAAAUAUUAUCUAGUCUCAUCAGGAUGAAUGGUAAAACUAUUGAAAAUGUUACCUUUAGUUGGCACCGGCAUUUUAAUAAUCCACUUGAGUGUACCCAACUUAUCAAAAAUAUUGCUGAGUGUACAGUUAAUCUAAAAUGUUUACAAACUCCACUUUAUACAUUGGAACAACUUGCUUUAAUCCUUCAAACUAAAAAUCAGUUAAAAAAACUCGAAAUACAUAUAGGCUAUGAAAUUCAUCCAUAUUGUGCACUUUUUCUUUUUAUCAAUAUGCCAUUUAAUAACCUUAAAAAUUCUAUAAUCCAAUUAUAUUUUGAUGGAUAUAGUAAUUUUCGACCUGAGGUUAAUCAAUUAAAACAAGUGUUUGAACAAAUUUUUUAUAAAAAUUAUCAAUUUAACAAUUUUGUUUUAUAUCAACGAAGUUGGCCGAAUCUUUCAAAAGAUAAGAAAGAGAAAUUAGUAGAAAGUUUUCCCUCUCUUAAAAUUAAUAUAUUAAAAGAACUACCUGAUAACGUUUUAACACCGGACAUUUG